UUUUACUCCUAGACACUAGAGGGCGCUGGUUAAAUUAUCUCCAGCUCGUUACUGUGCGGAGCGGCUCUAUUGCUACGUCACCAUAUUUCACGAAUGUGAUGGAAAAGCGUGGAAAAGCGUCUAAGUGGAAUCCGGAACAUUCUCAGAGGCUUAAGCAGAAUGAAGGAAAACGCUCUCCUGCUGACUUGUUGUGUGGUUGUGUGUCUCUUCCUGAGCUGCAGUCUGGCUGCCAGGCAAGACAUGAAAUGUGGAGCCUGCAGGGCUCUGGUGGAUGAGAUGGAAUGGGCCAUUUCCCAGAUAGAUCCCAAGAAAAUGAUCCAGAGAGGAUCCUUCAGGAUCAACCCCGACGGGAGUCAGUCCAUCAAGGAGGUUCCUCUGGCUCGCUCUGAGGGGAACCUCCUGGAGCUGAUGGAGAGUGUCUGUGAGAGGAUGGCGGACUACGGCGAGCGCACAGACCCCUCCACAGACAGGAAGUCCUACAUCCGGGUCAAGUCUCGGACCGGUGAAGCCAUGGACCUUUCAGAGGCCGCUCUGGACUCCAGAGUCACAUCCAGCCUAAAGUUUGCUUGUGAGACAAUUGUAGAACAUCACGAAGAUGAAAUCAUUGAAUUCUUUGCGCACGAAACGGAAAAUGUUAAAGACAAACUUUGCAGCAAGAGAACAGACCUGUGUGAUCACGCUCUAAACAUGGCCCACGAUGAACUCUGACCUCCUCCCAGCAGUCGACUCCUCCUGCAAAAACACAAUGUCUCUUCCAUCUAUUUAUAGCAGAGCAGCCGUCGAAAAUGAACACAUUUUCUAUCAUUUUUUAUCUAGGAUGUUUUCAAUAAGACUCUUUGCCAUUUUUAGCCUUAUAGCUCCUCACAUUUAGGCCUUUUUCAGGUAUUUGCUGUGAGUUCUGACUUCUGUCCAUCCUGCCUCUUCAGUAAAGGUUGGUGAUUUGCACAAACACUCUUUACUGAAUUCUACUGAAGCUGCGAAGCAGCAAAUGAAUUGCCUGUAGAUUAAGCCUUUUUCCAAGGAAAUCGGGCUGAAUUUGGCAAAGUGUUCUUCUAUUUAUGCAUAUAUGGUUGUCUGAGUCUAAAAAUACUUAUUUGUGUUGAUGUCAGAUACAAUCCACAAUUCUGUUGAGAUUACAUCAUUUGAUGAUGACUUUGUCCCAGUCUAGAUUUUUCUUAUUUUUUUUUUACAGCUAUUAGGGUGUUUUUUAAAAGAUUUUUGUCCUUUUCCAAUCAUAAAAAUGGUAGCUGAGGGGUAAUGUUAAGUUAUUUAAUUACAAUCUUUGUAAAGAAAUAUGCAAUUAAAUUACUCGUCUAUUCUUCCUUCCAAAGUACCUUAACACCAUGUGGAUAUUAUGAAGCGUUAUGGCUUCAUAUCAUCCAAAAUCAAAGAACUAUAAAAAGUUAGAGCUCUAAUUAUUUAAUUAAACAAAUAUUGGCCUGAUUUUCUGUUAUAUUUACAGAAUUAUUGUUGUUAGGUGAUAGUAUAUUUGUAAUUACCUGGCAGUAAUUAAAGAACUGGACCUCAUUGAGCGAUCUUUAGUGGGCAUAAAGAGUCGUUUCCAGUUAUUGAUUUCUGCUCACAGCUGUACAUGCACAAAGAUCAGGAAUCGAAAUGUUUGAGAACCUUUUGUACCAUUUGAACUUUUGUCUUCAAAUAUACUUGUUUGAUGCUAA